UGGGUCCAUAAUCAACGACCCGACCCGUUUGAUAAGUGUGACAUAUAGUCCCGAAAACCCUAAUUUGCCACUGUCUGCUUCCAUCACACAAGCUUCACGCAGAUUUCACAUCUUAGGGUUUCUUCAUCUUCACCGAUUUAAUGGCUCCACCAAAAGGUGAUGGUGCAAAGAAGACCGAUCCAAAGGCACAGGCCUUGAAAGCUGCGAAAGCAGUGAAGUCAGGCACUGCCAUCAAGAAAAAGGCAAAGAAGAUCAGGACAACUGUUACAUUCCACAGGCCAAAGACUUUAUCUAGGGAUAGGAAUCCAAAAUACCCUCGGAUUAGUGCUACACCAAGGAACAAACUUGAUCAUUAUCAGAUUUUGAAGUAUCCACUCACAACUGAGUCCGCAAUGAAGAAGAUUGAAGACAACAACACUUUGGUUUUCAUUGUUGACUUGCGAGCUGACAAAAAGAAAAUCAAGGAUGCCGUGAAGAAAAUGUAUGACAUCCAGGCCAAGAAAGUUAACACCUUGAUCAGGCCCGAUGGCACCAAGAAGGCCUAUGUAAGGUUGACACCUGAUUAUGAUGCUUUGGAUGUUGCAAACAAGAUUGGGAUUAUUUAAGGUAGUGGUUGGUUUCGCCAAAGACAGUUUUUGUUUAGAUGUUAGUCUUUUGAUGGUGAUCACUAUUGUGGAGACAUUUUGACGCAAAGUUAAAUUUCAGAUUGUGUUUUUGUUAUUGUGUAUUUUAGUUCAAUUGCAAUUAAAUUAUGUUGUUUACAAUUUCGAAUUUGAUGAGUAAAUUAGAUUAUCCUCGAAGUGUGUUUUUAGAUUUGGUGGUAUUUUUUUAUCAUCUCAA